UUUUAUCUGCUAUCCUUUGCUUUGCUUUGAUUUUCAUGGAGCAUAAGAGGGCUUUGCUUCGAUUUCUCAUACUCUUUCUAGGCUUCUCUUAUGCUUUUUCCUCCAUAUCAAUUCCUCAAUCUGCAGCUUACCUCAAAUCAGAUAAUGAAGACACAUCAAUCCAAGAAUUUGUGGAGCAGGAUUUAAUGGAUGAGAGAAACUAUGGAGAAGAGUUAUUAGAGUUUGAUGAGGCAAUAAGAGGCAGAAUGGUUAUUGAAAGCGAUGACUACCCAGGAACUGGAGCAAACAAUCACCAUGACCCUAAGAGUCCUGGAAGAAGUUGAAUUAGAAUUUUUUUUAUAUCUGGGUCUCUACAUAAGCAAGGAGAGAUGUAACCUUAGUUGCUUAGUUCAGGGUUGGCUUGUUAGACUACUCUCUCUCUCUCUCU